UCGUAGUUCAGGUGGAUAGUCAAAAUAUUCCAUUCAUUUUUCCUUUUUUUUAUUUAAUAAUUGUAUUCGUUUUAUAGCAUCAUGAGUGCAACUGUUAAAAGACCGUUUGGGUUAUUGAUCUUAUUGUUUUGGAGUUACUUCUUCACUUCGCUAGCUCGGAGAACCAUACAGAAUAUAUAUCCUAUAAUUCCAGUAGAAUAUAAAGGAACUAAAUCAAAUACUCAUUUAGGUUCCAUAAUUACUGCUCAAACAUUGGGUUACACAGUUACCAAAUUAAUUGGUGGGAUUCUUAUGGAUCACUUAAAUCCACUUCGAAUUUUUGUUUACUCUCUGAUUUCAGCCUCAGGUUCACUGUUUCUUCUAUCAGUUUCAUCUCAUCAUAUAGUUUGGUUAGUAUCCUAUGGGUUAACCGGUUUGGCACUUGGUUCUACUUGGCCAGCCAUAUCAAAGACACUUCGUACAUCUGUGGCUUCUCAUGAAUUAGCCACUUGGUGGGGAUUAAUAUCAUCGUCUUCUAACCUAGCUGGUUGCAUGGGUUCUUGGAUAUCUAUCGUUAUUUCUUCAUAUGCAACAACAUUUCUCGGUGAUUUAGCAUGGAGAGCUCCGUUCAUUUUUGUUGGAGCAUGUUGCAUAAUAUCAGCUUUACUUCUCAGUGUUUAUCUGCGUUCGCGAACCAUGGAUACUCUAAAUAAAAUUGAUUCUAAGACUAUACCAACUAAAUAUUUUGGUCCUUCUAAAAUAACAUUAUCUAACCAAUUAUUGGGGAAGCAUCUCAACUCAGAUGUAAAACACAGAAGCUGUGAUGAUACUUGUCAAAGUCUAAUAUCCACUUCAAAAUUGGGUCAAAACAGUUAUGAUACAAGUAAUCAAGAAAAACGUUGUAACGAAAAAACUAACCGAUUAUCUAACAACUGUCAAGAUAAAGAUUUUACUGAAAAUCACGAUAAUGGUGUGAAAGUUCAACCCAUUAAAGUGAAUAUUGUUAAUCAAGUAUCAAAAUUGUUUCGUAUUUUAAGCCCAAGACAACGUUUAUUGUUGGGUACAUCUGCUAGUGUUCACAUGUGCAGUACAUUUUUACGUUAUGCAAUAGGCGAUUGGAUUGCAAUUAUGCUUUUAAGUAAUAAACAUGGUUACUCACAAAAUACCGCUUAUUUAGUUGCCAGUAGUUACGAAUUAGGUGGAAUAUUUGGGUCUAUGUUAGUUGGAAUAGUAGCUGAUUUGAAUAUGUUUUCUAGAGUUUCUUCAUGGCCUAGUCGUCGGAUUCCAUUAAUAAUCAUACAAAUGUUAAUUGCUAGUGGUACCUUAAGUUGUCUAAGUUGGAUUACCAAUCAUAGUGCUUCUUUAACUAUACUCCUCAUUGUCAGCUUGGUACUUGGUAUUACUGUUAUCGGGACAAUUGCUUUAUGUGGUGUUUUAGCUGUUGAACUUGCUCCACCUGCUUUUAGCGGUACUGCACAUGCGUUGAGUGCUUUGACUGCGAAUUGUGAGUGAUUAUUUUUACGUGACUUUUUUAUAUGCGAAUCAACCAUGCAGGUCAAGAAAAAAAUGAAUCUUUGGUAAAUGUUAUUUUAAAGCAUUCACCUAAUAGUUUUUAGUCUAACCACUUAAACAGAAGUAGAUUAAUCGCGAAUUCAAUCAGCACCUUUCAGCUGAAUUUUUCAAAUAUGAUCGACUUGAAAAUAAUUAUUUCACUUUACUAAUUAUAUAUUUACUCUUUAGGCAACCAGGAACUGACAACUACACACACACCUUUAACAGUACUCAAAAUCACCUCAAAUCACUAAUUACACUAGGGUUUUUAUUUUAAUUUGCAAUUCAGUCACGUGAGCAAAUUUUUUACCUACUUAUGACUGUUAACCCUCGUGUAGAGGCAUAGGCCACCCACCAGUAUUUUCCAUCAAGCUCUGUUUUGGAAAAUUCUUUCCAGUCGCCGUUUGUCCUUUUCAUGUCUGCUUCCAGUUCCCGGUGCAAUGUGUCCUUUGAUCUUCCGCUUUUUCGCUUCCCUUCAGGAUUUCAAGUUAGUGCUUGCCUCGUGGUGCCGCUUGAUGAUUUCCUCAAUAUAUGUUCUAUACACCUUCAUCGUCUUUUCUUAAUUUCCUUUUCAUAUGGAAGCUGGUUUGUUCUCUCCCACAGUAGAAUUUUUCUGAUGGUAUCCGACUAACAGAGAUUGAGUAUCUUGUAUAGACAAUUGUUUAUAGAUACUUGUACAUUUUUGAUGAUGGUUGUGGUAGUUCUCCAAGUUUCAGCUCCGUACAUUAGAACUGUCUUGACGUUCGUAUUGAAGAUUCUGACUUUGAAAUUGAUUGACAGUUGUUUUGAGUUCCAUAUGUUCUUCAACCGUAGGAAUGCUGUCCUUGUUUUGCUGAUCCUUGGUUUUACGUCUGCAUCAGAUCCUCCUUGUCCAUCGAUAAUGCUGCCGCGAUAGGUAUGUGAAAGAUUGUACCUCUUCCAGAGCUUCUCCAUCAAGUGUGAUUGAGUUGCUGUUCUCCGUAAUAUGUUUGAUGAUCUUGCUUCUCCCUUGUGUAUGUUGAGGCCUACUGAUGCAGGGUGAGCAAUUUAAUGUAAACUAAACUCCGUUCGUAUGUAUGAUUGAAUAGUAAUUCCUUAGAUAUUAGGGCAAGCUUUUCCACUUUAAACCGAAGUUUCGCAUAUAGAAGAAUUUCCCAUUUAAUCGGAAUGGACUCGUAUGAACUCAUACAUUCCGUUGAUGAAUUUCCUACACACAAUCCCUUGUUUUUGUUGUAUGUUUAUUCUACUUAGGCACUCCAAACUAAAAUGAAAUAGCUGUCUAGUGCUCACUGGUUGUCAAUUAUUUGUUUGCUGAUUUCAGUUUGUGAUAAAAAAAAUUAACUUUACAUUGGGUUAUCUUGACGAAGCCCUCACUUAAAUUAUUUGUUUAGUGUUGAAAAAUCCUUCAAAAAUGUUGUGGGGAAUUAGUCACUUAAUAUUUUGAAUUUUGACUGUCUUUUGACAUAUUUCUAAUUUUCCUGACUGUAGUUGAACAGAUUAAUUGGACUAAUAAAUGAUUUUUCUAAAGGAUUGUUCUACUUUGUUGACUUUACUAUUUUAUACAUUUUUUCGAGAAUUUAUUUCAAGUCCUAUGUUUUAUCAUGCAUCAGUUAACGUAGUCGUACAAGAUUACAUUUAUCAGUGGACAACAUCAGUGUACUAAAUACCUUACUUCUUAAAUCAAGAUUAUUAUCUAUAUAUUUCAGUUGGUGCUGUCUUGGCUGGUUACCCAUUUGCUCUGUUGGCUGAACAUAUCAACUGGUCUGGUGCCUUUCUUGUUGCUGGGAUAGUAUGCGGACUUUCCGUUAUUCCACUUUCAUGUUUUUGAGAUUUCCAACUCAUAUGUUCUCUUACGAAUGUAGAUUAUUCGACAGUAGUUUUUAGAUGAUGUGCACUCUUUUUUCUCAUUUUUAACAUUUCUUGGCAUAACACGUCGAAUAUCAGAUUAAUAUAAACUUUCCUGGUUGUGUAAUUCCUUGUUCCUACACCAAUUCUGCAUUUCAUGGAGUUACAAAACCAUACUCUUGUUCCGAAUUAUAUUUUUUGCCAAUGGGAGUGUUUACACUUUAUUUUUACUCAAAUUCAAAUAAACAAUGAUUUGGUGAGUUGAUAUUUAUUUACCACUGAAUAUCUCAAUACUCUAAAAUGUAGGUGUUCCGUCCCCAUUGUUUAGUUGGAAUACUGUUUUCGACCAAUACUAUUGUUCGGUUUCAAUAUUGCUAAAGAAAUCCUGAGUUGCUGCCCCUUACUACUAUAUGUGUUGCAGUAGUAAACUCAUCACAAAAUCAAGGAUUCCAUCGUUUAUAAAAUAUAAGGAGUGGAUACACCUGAGUGGUAAAUACUUACGGAUAAAGAUCGGCUGUGUCUGAUUUUAGAUUCUUUGGUUAACCACUUUAGAUGUUUCCGCAUUCGGUCUAAGGAAAUCUGUUAAUGAUUGGGGUACGUAGUAUGUCAUUGGGAGAGGACGAAAAAGUAUGCAGAAAAGGUUACAGUAAACUGACUGGUGAUUUCAGAAGUCAGGUCUUGGGAAUUUUGCAGACCAGGAAUAAUAAUUCAUGCAAAAUCGUAUCCGAAUUUAUGGGGUUACGUGUAUUGAAAUUAUCAAAAUAAUGUGAUGAAUAUAGACAGAUCUCAGUUGUUGAUCCUGUACUAGAACAGCUUUAGAGUAGUAAUAACUGAGGCCUGGUAUGGACAGAACAGAUUUGCAAUUGACUACGUUUCAAUGGUACAUUGGUCAACAGGUUUCUUAUAAUUUUGGUGGGGCCUACUUCAGUAUGUAUCCAAAUCUUAGACAUUAUGGUUGGAGAAAUUAUCUUUGUUAUCAGACUUGGAACUGUAUCACAGGAUUCCGGAUAUUUUGUCUUGAUGAUGUACUUUAGCUGCCAAACCGUGACUAUCGGAUCUCAUAAUUCAGGUUCAGAAAUCAUAAUCUCAUGUAAACUCACAGAUAUGUAGGGAGCAACAACCUCACACAUGUUUGUAUGUACGUAAAUCCCACAUGCCUACGUUCUAUAUAACAUCCCUUUUUUCCCUCUGCAUGAGAUACUUAAUUUAUCUCCCUCCG